GAUAAGAAUGUGAAUUUUAUUCAUGAGAAUGUAUAUCAUACAAUAACUGAAUCAAAAGUUGCAUAGGUAAUUGGUACCUAAAAGUCCAAAAAAAUUGAAAAGAUUAUUUCGCACAAGAGUCUAAGAUCCUCCAAUCCUAAAAUGAAACACGGAGAAAGUUAAACAAGGAAAAGAAAUGGAAUCUAAAGAGGUGUAGUAGACAAUAUUGGCACGUUACGUUGUUUUUUGACAACCGACACAUUGUGUCGUCCAGAAAACACAUCGUCGUGUCGCCUUAGUUUUUAUAAAAUGGCGUUUGUCAAAGCUUAGGCGAACGAAAAAGAUCACAUUAAUCUUGGCGGCCGAGGAAGAGAAAAUGGAAUCUCAUGCCAUUGAUAGCAGACAAAAACCACAUGUAGCUUUCGUGCCUUACCCGGCCCAAGGCCACAUCAAUCCCAUGCUAAAACUGGCUAAACUUCUCCACGCCAAAGGCAUCCAAGUCACCUUCGUCAACACCGUCUACAACCACAAUCGACUCCUUCGGUCCCGUGGACCCAACGCUCUUGAUGGACUUCCUUCCUUCCGGUUCGAGACCAUCCCUGACGGUCUACCGGAGACGGACGUGGAGGCCACGCAGGACAUCACUGCCCUUUGCGAGUCCACCAUGAAGAACUGUCUAGCUCCGUUCGAGGAGCUUCUCUGGCGGAUUAACGCUAGAGAUGAUGUCCCUCCAGUGAGUUGUAUAAUAUCUGAUGAUUGUAUGAGUUUCACUCUUGAUGCUGCAGAGAAGCUUUGCAUCCCGCAUGUUCUUUUUUGGAACAGUGCAUGUGGCCUCAUGGCUUAUCUACACUUUUAUCACUUCAUCGAAAAGGGUUUAUGUCCAGUAAAAGAUGAGAGUUUUUUGACGAAGGAAUACUUGGACACCGCUAUAGAUUGGAUACCUUCGAUGAAGAAUCUAAAACUAAAAGAUGUUCCGAGCUUCAUCCGUACCACUGAUCGUGAUGAUAUUAUGCUUAAGUUUACCCUCCACGAGGUCGAGCGAGCCAAACGCACUUCUGCUAUCAUUCUCAACACCUUUGAUGACCUAGAGCAUGAUGUUAUCCGGUCUAUACAACCCAUUUUUUCUCCGGUUUAUUCUAUUGGACCGCUUCAUCUUUUAGCUAACCGGGUGAUUGAAGAUAGUGGUGAGGUAGGAAGGAUGGGGUCGAAUUUAUGGAAAGAGGAGAUAGAAUGUUUGGCCUGGCUUGAUACUAAGGCUCCAGACAGCGUAGUAUAUGUUAACUUCGGGAGCAUAACUGUCACAAGCGCGAAGCAGCUUGCUGAGUUUGCUUUGGGUUUGGCAGGAAGUGGAAAGGAGUUUUUAUGGGUGAUCCGACCAGAUUUAGUGGCUGGAGAGGCUGCGGUGGUUCCACCGGAGUUUUUAGUGGAGACAAGGGACCGUGGCAUGAUGGCCAGUUGGUGUCCUCAAGAGAAGGUACUUUCCCACCCAGCAGUGGGAGGUUUCUUAACGCAUUGCGGGUGGAACUCAAUGUUAGAGAGUCUAUGUGGCGGUGUACCGAUGAUAUGUUGGCCCUUUUUUGCUGAACAGCCAACGAAUUGUAAAUUUUGUUGUGAUGAGUGGGGAGUAGGGAUGGAGAUCAGCGAAAAUGUAAAGAGGGAGGAGAUUGAGACGGUGGUAAAAGAGCUGAUGGAUGGAGAAAAUGGAAGGAAAAUGAGAGAGAAGGCCAGGGAAUGGCGGCGAUUAGCCGAGAAAGCGACAGAAAAUAAGUAUGGUUCCUCGGUUAUAAACUUUGAGACGGUGGUUAGCAAGGUUGUUUUGAGACAGAGAUCAGAGGAUUAACUAAAACAUAAGAUGGAUAUCAUAGAAAUGUUGCGUAUAAUGAUUGUGUGUAACUGUUUUUCUUGUUUCUAUCGUGCGUAAUAAAUACUAGAUUGCCC